UUUUCCAAAACAGAAAGACUCAAUGGCUUCUCUUUUGCCUUCCACGUCCACCCUCCUCUCCGCUUAUGCUUCCCUUUCCACCGCCAUCACCUUAAUCCGCACAAUCUUGUGUCAGAUGAUUCCCAAUCUAAUGCGAGACUACCUAAUUUCCUCAAAGCUCUUCGAAUCACUGUCCCUCCACUUCUCCCCUAACUUCACCUUCAUCAUUGAGGACCGUUGGCAAGCAGUGGAUAACGAAGUGUUUCGUGCUGUAGAGGUGUACUUGCCUACGAGAAUCAGCCCCUCUAGUGAUCCUCACAACCCCGAGCAGAACAUUGCGGUUAGCUGCAAGAUAAUUGACGAGUUCCAGGGUAUGAAAUUGGAGUGGUCUCUACGUUCUAUUGAAGCCAAGAAGUACUUCCAUCGGGAGAGCAGGUACAUCCGGUUAACGUGCAAGAAAAGCCACCGAGAAAGAGUCAUGCAGAGCUACUUCCCUCACAUUGCCAGUACUGCACAAACCAUCAUGAGCAAGCGUGAGAACCUCUACAUCUAUACCUAUGAUGAUAAAGAAGCCAGUAGGUGGAAAUCUACCGUUUUCAUGCCCACUGCAACAUUUGAUUCUCUGGCUAUGGAGCCAAAGCGCAAGCAGGACUUAAUCAAUGACCUUGACACCUUCGUCGGACGAAAGGAGUUCUUCCAGAGAUCAGGAAGAGUUUGGAAACGGGGAUACCUUUUGCACGGUCCACCAGGUACCGGAAAAUCCUCCUUGGUUGCAGCCAUUGCGAAUCACAUGAGAUACAAUAUAUACGAUCUUCAGCUUCAUAGCAUUCGAAGUGACGCCGAAUUGAAACGUAUCCUUACUUCGACCAGAAAGCGAUCAAUUCUACUUGUUGAGGACAUUGAUUGCAGCCCAAAAGUAGCCCGAGAUCGUCCCAGGAUUAGAAAUGAACAAGAAGAGCAAGGCGAAGAGGAGCAAACCUAUAGGCUUUCUCCUCCUGAUGCUGGGGUACCAUUAUCUGGGUUGCUUAAUUUGAUUGAUGGGUUGUGGUCGAGUGGCAUGGACGAGCGGAUCAUCAUCUUCACAACGAAGCACAAGGACAAGUUGGAACCAACUCUGUUAUGGCCCGGGCGGAUCGAUGUUGAUGUCUACAUGGGUUACUGCACUCCCGAAGGAUUCAGACAACUUGCAGACGCGCACUUGCAAAUCAAGGAUCACUAUCUCUUUGCCGCCAUUGAAGAUCUUCUUAAAAAGGUAUCUGUUACUCCGGCAGAAGUGGCACAUCAGCUCUUGAAUCGUGGCAAGCCGCAGGCCAUAUUGGAUAGUUUCAUUGAAUACCUUGAAAUGAAAAGGAAUGGAAUUGAAGAAGCAAAUUAAAAGCAAAAAAAAUUUCUUUUUUGAUCUUUUGAGAAUCAAGCAAAGAGGUUAUA